AUGGUAAUGCCCGUUAAGGAAAGUCAUAUAGUGCUUGGCUGCUUUGUGAGCCGGUUGUUAGUCUCAUUCGUAUUCCCAUCAUUACAACAUCAAUUGGAUCAAUCUGUGGAAUUCUCCACUCCAAUGACAUCUUUUAAAUCUAUCCAAGAGGGUAUAUACAUGUUUACAAAGGGACUGCCGACUUAUAAUGGCGGUGUGGUGCAUCAUUCACCAAUAUUAAUAUGGAUGUUGUCCAUAUUACCAUCUCAACUGUUUAUCACCGUAUUAUAUGCGGCAAUAGACGCAUAUAUUGCAUUCCAAAUACUACAAAUCUCUAAACACUUGAAAUAUUGCAAUUUACCAAAUUACAUCUUCGGUAUUUUGUACGUUUUGAAUCCACUCGUAUUAUUAUCAUGUGUGAGUAAAUCAUCUAUUAUCUUCACAAAUGUACUCAUAACAACCGCUCUAUUACAUGUUCUACAAGGAAAUAUCGUCUUCGCUUCGAUGGCCAUUGCAGCAGCCGGUUAUUUGUCAUUAUAUCCCAUCUUAUUGUUAGUACCAUUAUUAGGAAUGAUUGCUUCAUGGAAACGGAAAAUACUAUCAAUAAUUACCACCAUAAUAACUUUACAAAUCUUAUUGUUCAUUAGUUAUGAAAUCAAUGGUAGUUCAUGGGACUUUAUAGACUCUACAUAUGGGAAAAUUUUGACAUUUAGUAAAGUAUUCCCCAAUAUUGGAUUAUGGUGGUAUUUCUUCGUCGAAAUGUUUGAUGAAUUUAUCCCAUUUUUCAAAAGUGUGUUCAAUUUAAUCGUAUUGGUUUUCAUUGUCCCAUUUACAAUAAGAUUCAACCAACAACCAUUAUUUGCAUUCAUUCUAUGUCUCGGUUGGAUUAUCUUAACUAAGCCAUAUCCAACUCUAGGUGAUGCUGGAUUUUUCUUGAGUUUAUUACCAUUUUUCAAUUCAAUUUUUGGUUACUUGAGAUAUCCACUCUUGUCUACAUUAUUAAUUCUUCAUGCAGUUAUAUUAUCACCAAUUUUCUAUCAUUUAUGGAUAGAUCUAGGUUCAGGGAACAGUAAUUUCUUUUAUGCUAUAACAUUGGUGUAUGCUUUGGGUAUCGCCUCCAUUAUCGCAGAUUUAACUUGGGCAAUGUUAAGAAAUGAAUAUGAUGAGGGAAAACCAAAUUAUAACGUUAAAGUGACUCAAAUAUAG